AACAACGAUCAAAAGCGGCAUCGAAAAAACAGCGAAUAUAUAAUAAUAAAAUUAGGGUUUUUAAUAAUUAACAAUACCACCAGAGCAUAGGAACGACACGACACACAGCACAAAUGAACAGAGCAGAAGAAAGAGAAAGUUGGAAGCAUCGAUAAUUUUUCAUUUUUUGUAACGGAACGUUUUUGAGUUUUGAUAGCUGUUUUGAGAACACAACUGCCAUUCAUUUCCCAAACAGACAGAAAGGUUACACCUUUACGUCGUUGGUUCUUCCGCCCCUUUUUCCAUCUUCUUCUCAACCACCUCUCUAUAAACCUCUUCCUCCGCUUCUUUUCAUAUUCAUUUUAAUUAUUAUUUUUAUUAAUCCCGUUUUCCAAACGAACCGCUUUUGUGUUUCUUUGUUUCUCCGCUAAUAAGCUUUUUAUUGAAAACCCCUAAACGCCGAUCUCUGUACGCUGAACGGCAUUUAUUUUCAGGAUCGAUCGUUUGUUCGAUCGAUCUGCUUUUUGUGUGUUGCUUCUUCUUUCUUUUUGGAGUUCAAAUACCUAAAUAGAGUCCACGGUAAAAUGUGGUGGAUGAUGGGUGAAAAUGGAGGAAAUUACUGUUCUAAAAAGAGUGAUGAUUUGUGUAGCAAUGUUUGUGGCCAGGAAAGUCAAGUCUCAGGUAUGUCAAGAAUCCGCUGCAUUUUGCGUGGUUUGGAUGUCAAAACUUAUAUAUUCCUAUUCGCUGUUGUCCCAAUGUGCAUCUUUGGAAUAUAUAUACAUGGACAGAAGAUCUCUUACUUUCUGCGGCCACUUUGGGAAAAACCACCCAAGCCUUUCAAUGUCAUCCCUCAUUACUAUAAUGACAAUGUUACCAUGGAGCAUCUCUGUCGACUUCAUGGUUGGGGAGUUCGUGAGUACCCAAGGCGUGUUUAUGAUGCUGUGUUGUUUAGUAAUGAGGUGGAAAUACUUACCUUGCGAUGGAAAGAAUUGUACCCUUACAUAGCUGAAUUUGUGCUCCUUGAGUCAAACUCUACAUUUACUGGAUUGUCCAAGCCUCUCGUUUUCAAUAGCAAUAGGGAGCAGUUCAAAUUUGUUGAGCCUCGGUUAACUUAUGGAACUAUUGGUGGGAGAUUUAAGAAAGGAGAAAACCCAUUUGUUGAGGAGGCAUAUCAGCGUGUUGCAUUGGAUCAACUCCUUAAGAUUGCUGGUAUUACAGAUGAUGACUUGUUGAUUAUGUCUGAUGUUGAUGAGAUACCAAGUGCUCACACUAUUAACCUCUUGAGAUGGUGCGAUGAAGUACCUGCAAUCUUGCAUCUACAGCUGAAGAAUUAUCUCUAUUCAUUUGAGUUUCGUCUGGAUGAUAAGAGUUGGCGGGCUUCGGUUCACAGGUAUCAAUCUGGAAAGACAAGGUAUGCACAUUAUCGCCAGUCUGAUACCAUGUUGGCAGAUGCUGGUUGGCACUGUAGCUUUUGCUUCCGCCGAAUCAGUGAUUUCAUUUUUAAGAUGAAAGCUUACAGCCAUUACGAUCGAGUAAGGUUCUCUCACUAUUUAAAUCCUGACAGAAUUCAGAAAGUAAUAUGUGAAGGGUCUGAUUUAUUUGAUAUGCUGCCUGAGGAAUACACUUUCAAGGAUAUCAUUGGUAAAAUGGGUCCAAUACCCCAUUCAUAUUCUGCAGUUCACCUUCCUGCUUUCCUCCUCGAAAAUGCUGAGAAUUAUAAAUUUCUCUUGCCUGGAAAUUGCAUGAGAGAGAGAUGAUCUGGGUAAAUCAUUUAAGAUACAGGCUUAUUGCUAAGCUUGCAGCUUUGUGCAGCUCAAGUGGCUCUUCUGAAGAGGUUGUGAUGAUUGUCAUGUGGCUGUAUUAUUGACCAGUGAGAUAUUCUUUGGGAAUUCAUUGAGUUCUUCAGACAAAUUCUUUGAUCUAGGGGGAAUUCUGUAUAUAUUUUAGAGCUGAACUUCAUUCUAGGGGGAGCAGCAUCUAUUCUGACCGGUGUGAUCGAAAGUGCCGCUUGCCUUUGUGAAUUUCUGUGUUUAUUUGGUAUCAGUGUGGCUGAUCCCCAGAUAUACAAUAGAGAGUAGUUUAAAAUGCCCCAUCUUUUUUCCUGUUUGGGAAGUUUUGUUUUGCAGACCAAUUUACAUUCUUAUUAUUCUUUGUCUAUGCUAAAUAUGUCUAAUUUGAUUGCUUGGUCCAUAUUCACAACACUGCUGACUCGGUUUUAUUAUGCAUUAUAUGAAAACAGCUUGGUUGGUUGCCA